GCUAGGCUACGCGGAAAGGCCUGAGCUGGCUGGGCUCGGGUCGGUGGUGCCGGCCGGGGUUUGUCCGGGAGGAUGGUGCUGGGUGGCUGCCCGGUGAGUUAUUUGCUUCUGUGUGGCCAGGCGGCUUUGUUGCUGGGGAAUCUGCUGCUGCUGCACUGUGUCUCCCGGAGCCACUCGUACAAUGCUACCGCCGAGCUGGAGCUCACCUCCGCUGCCCACCCGGAGGUGUCCGCCGGGGCCCCCAGCUGGGAGUACGUCGAUCCCCACUCUCCACUCAUCCUCUGCUCCUACCUCCCUGACGAGUUUAUAAAAUGUGACGAACCAGUGGACCAUGUUGGAAAUACAACCGCAUCCCAGGAACUUGGUUAUGGUUGUCUCAAGUUCGGUGGCCAGGCCUACGGUGAUGUGGAACACACCCGUGUCCAGUGCCGGGCACUGGAUGGAAUUGAAUGUGCCGAUCCUAGGACCUUCCUCCGGGAAAAUAAGCCCUGUAUAAAGUAUACCGGCCACUACUUCAUUACCACUUUACUCUAUUCCUUCUUCCUGGGAUGUUUCGGAGUAGAUCGUUUCUGUUUGGGACACACUGGCACUGCAGUCGGCAAACUGCUGACGCUUGGAGGACUUGGGAUCUGGUGGUUUGUGGAUCUUAUUUUGCUCAUCACUGGAGGGCUGAUGCCAAGCGAUGGCAGCAAUUGGUGCACUGUGUACUGAGAAUCUCUCCUGUGGCCCAGGAGGGGAGUGAGGGACUGAGGGAGUGCUCUUGGGUCUGAUGUCAGUCAGACCUGGAGAUUGUCAGCCCUCUUUAGAGGGAAUGGGUUUGGUGAAGAAAGAUUCUCUGGACCUCAGAUUUUCAACCCAGAUCCUCCCUUGCAGACCAGAAAUGACAAGCGAACAGUGUUGUGGAACUCUGCAUACUUCCCUCGUGGGCAAAAUGUAAAAUCUAGUGCUGACUCAUAGGCUGCAGAUGGGUUUCCAUGCUCUUUGUGUCUGUACAACACUAAAUCCUUAGUCCUGUGGAGGAGGUGGACCCCAGAGGAGGCGGAUCCACUGGGAGGAGCAAAAUGAGUAUUGUCAUCCAUGUGCCUUUUGUCACCUGGAGUCUUCAUGCAGAAGAGAUCCGGAGCCGAACCAAUGAAAAUCUUCAGCAGACAUAGAAAUGGCCAUGGAUUUUAAUAUACACCAUUUUUGAACUUCAGUUUCAGAAUAAAUCUUGCCAACCUGGA